CGCCUUCUCGUUGGAUAGUUGAACGGUGACACGUACUGGCCGUCGGUAGUAGUUUGCGUGUGGGUGACAGUGACUAGCAUCACAGGUCAACCAAGAAACAGCUAAUGUUAGCCAAGUAAACCUCGGGUGACUUUACGUUAUAGGAGAGCCGAAGAGGCCGCUAAUGAAAGGAAUAAAUUGCUAUUUCUGAGUACGGCGAGGAUGUCUGUCCCGGCAGGAGAGGGAUGAAGAUGACACCACUGUUAUGGCGAGUUGUAUCAGUAUGUCUGUGCUUAGCUGUAGUCUCUUGGUACCCUAGUUGCUAUGUUGGUUGCACGGAGUCGCACCAAGAGGCCCAGAGGCCCGUGUCCUCACAGGACGUCGUUUCGGAGGAAGAGUCAGGGGAAAAGGCUGAUCAGCACCAGGAAGGCUGGGUUUUACCUACCCAAUCAGUGUCUGAAAAUGAGCCCCUUAUAGUGGGUGAUCAGCAAAAGGAGGUGCAGGAGGUGGACAGAAAAGAACAUUCAGAGGCAUUUGAAGUGGAGGAGUCUACUGUAAAGGUAGAGUUGGAGGUAGACAAGAGAAUUUCACAACCUGAGCCAGAACCUGAGCCAAGCUCAGAAAAUCCACAUCAUGAAACCUCCAUCACUCAAGACCAGGACUCGGCGUCCUUGCUCCCAUCUCCUGACCAUGUCUCUGGUUUAGCUGCUGAGCUUAAAGACGACCCCAGCAUCCUGAGCCUUCAAGACAAUAUCCUAAAUAGCAUUUCAGAUGAUGCAUCCAGUGUAGCUGCACAGGAGGCCCUUGAUUCUGACCAGCCUCCUGCAGACUGUGAAGAAGAAGAGAAUAUCUCGUAUGACAGUGACAGCAGUCCUCACACUGCAGGGACUCAAACCCACACCGACCGUCCUCUGAGUUCUCUGGCUGCUCACAGCACUCAGAGUCUGGAGGCCAACACAUCACACAUGCUGAAAGAGCAGGACCUGAGCUCCCCUGUCAGCACAGACACAGAUACCAGUGUGGGCAGCAAAGACCCUGAGGACAUCCCCACUUUCGAUGAAUGGAAGAAGAAAAUGAUGGAGGUGGAGAAAGAGAAGACUCUGUCUACUCAUACCUCAAGUAAUGGAGGUUCUCAAACAGUGAAGAAGGUCCAGAAGAACUUCAAUAACUACGCCUCCGUGGAGUGUGGAGCCAAGAUACUUGGCGCUAAUCCAGAGGCUAAGAGCACUUCAGCCAUAUUGAAGGAGAACAUGGACUUGUACAUGCUGAACCCCUGUAGUAAUAAAAUCUGGUUUAUCAUUGAGCUCUGUGAGCCCAUCCAGGUGAAGCAGCUGGACAUUGCUAACUUUGAGCUCUUCUCUUCUACUCCCAAAGACUUUCUCGUUUCCAUCAGUGAUAGAUACCCAACAAACAAGUGGCUAAAGCUGGGAACCUUUCAUGCCCGGGAUGAACGCACAGUUCAGAGCUUCCCAUUAGAUGAGCAUCUUUAUGCAAAAUAUGUGAAGAUGUUCACCAAGUACUUAAAGGUAGAGCUGGUCUCUCACUUUGGCUCUGAACACUUUUGUCCACUCAGUCUGAUAAGGGUGUUUGGUACAAGCAUGGUGGAAGAGUACGAGGAGAUAGCUGAUCCCCCUGAAAGACCAGAGGAUCAGGAUGAUGACUUGGAUUACCCCUCUGGAUAUGCACCUGGUGAAGUCAAGUUAUCCAAGAAUCUGAUCGGAUCAGCUAAGGAUGUCAUUUUGAACAUGGUCAAUAAUAUUGCUGUCAAUGUUCUCGGCGGGGGCUCGGAGACACCAGGCAAUGUUUCAUCUCACGAAGUGAACGUAACUGAGCCAUCACUUCAGCUUGAAACCACCACACCUACAGAUCUUACCUCAGUUCCAGACUCUGAAGAUAUCGAGACGGCACAAGACCCUGAUAUCCCCUCAGCUACAGCCCCCUCCUUAGAGCCCCCUGUAUCUGCCACAGCUGAUGCUGAUACUACCAGACAAGAACUCCCCCCAGUGGAAGAAAACAUUGUUAUAUCUUUAGAGAAAGAUGAGGACGAGCCUGUCAGUUCCACAAUCAUCCUUCUGGACAAGGAGGAAGAGUUGGAUGAAGAAGAAUUAAAAAAGGAUCAUCAUGAACAACAAGAAAGCCUGAACUACUGUUCAUCUUUUCUUUUGUUGUCUUCUUCAUGCUCUUGUGCAGCUUCCCUCCAAGAGUAUCUUCAUCAGCAGUGUUCAGUUCAGCUGACCAACAAGAGGAAAUGCCAAACAACGGACAGAAAGCAAACAGUUCCUCCCACUGAAACACCAACUUGGCACCCACCCCUGUCUCCCUCUGCCUGCCCUGAACCCGAGCUGCAUCACAGUGAGGUACAUCAGCCCCAUGAAAAAGAGCAAGCUUCUGAACAGGAGUCAGAGAGUGGAACCAGCCCAUUAGAAGCAUCACAGCCUGCAGGGGACACAGUAGAAUUUCAGAAAGAUUUCAUGUCUGAUCCUCCUGUGCUGGAGCCCAGUCAAACCUCGAACCUUCCCAGACUCACUUCCACUGACUCAUCCUCUGCCAAACCGACCCCUGUUGUGGCGUUGCCACAGCUGUCUUCUGAGGAACCAGAAAAUGAGCUAAGGCCAGAAAAGAGCCAGGAUGUACUGGCUGCAGAGAAGCACAUUGAGCCUUCAGCCUCUCUCAGUAGUUCCAGCUCUAUGAAACCCAUUGUCGGUGCUACUGAGGUAUCACCCACUGAGGCACUAACAGAGGAGAAGCCUACCGCUGAGAUUUCUCUGCUAGAGAUAAACACCCCUGUCCAAGUCCUGGAUACGAUAGCUCAAACUCAGAUUCUCUUUCCCACCACCUCCCCUCAUUCAGAGCACCACACUGACCCACCAGUUGUACCUGAAAGUAGCACUGCUUCCACUGAACUACCCCCACCUGCGCCAGACACUAAAACAGAACUCGAGCAGUCUGGUGCCCCACCUGUCAUCACAGACAUUAAAACGGUGGAUCUAACAGAAGACAUUCCUGCAUCAUCAGGUGGCAACGAUCAGCUGCCUCACCCUUCCUCUGCGGCUCCAUCUUCCUCUCCCUCCUUGCCUACCUCACCGUCCCUCUCAGACAUCUAUGCAGAGGCCCCCAACGGCACCGAACAGAACGGCAACCUGGUGCACGGCUCCAGCCAGAAGGAAUCUGUGUUCAUGAGACUCAACAACCGCAUCAAGGCCCUGGAGAUGAACAUGUCACUCAGCGGACGCUACCUGGAGCAGCUUAGCCAGAGGUAUCGGAAGCAGAUGGAGGAGAUGCAGAAGGCCUUCAACAAAACCAUCAUUAAACUCCAGAAUACUUCCAGAGUAGCAGAGGAGCAGGACCAGCGUCAGACUGAGUCCAUUCAGCUGCUGCAGGGCCAGCUGGAGAAUAUGACUCAGCUGGUCCUCAACCUAUCUGUCAGAGUCAGCCAGUUGCAGAGUGAGGUGUCAGACAGGCAGAACAACCUGCUGCUGUCUCUGGUCUUGUGCCUUUGUCUUGGUCUGCUGCUGUGUGCCAACCACUUCCGCAUCUCCACUGUUCCUCCAGCUGCACAACCAGAGCUGCCCAUACCCAAGAGCUAUACCUACUGCUGUCCUAAAAGGCCUUUGUCCUGUAAUGAGACGGGCCUGAAGAGGAGCUCCUCCUUUCCACUCAUACCCUCAGAGUCACUCCAGUUAGCCACCGCUGAAGGCCCAGAAAUGCUGCAUGCAGAGGAAAUGCAGAGUCAUUGUCCUGCCAACAUAAAGAGGAGACAUCGCAAGAUAAAACCCAUAGGGAAAGUGGAGACUCUGAAACCCUCUUUUCAUCCUCCAGAACCGAGUAAUGGAGCUGUUGUAUGUAACGGCGUGCCUGGCAGCACAAACCCAACCCCCCAUAUAGCAAGGUUACUUCAACCUGCUGCUAGAGACUUGCAGUCAGAGGGCAGCUCGGAGGGAUCAUCUCAUUCAGAUGACCCCUCGUUCUGUGGAAUCACCACAGCCUGUCCUCGAAUCUGUGACAGCCUUCCUCCACACAAGACCCGGGCAGAGAAGCGGGCGCUAAGACGCAGGCGUCCCAAGCCUAGCGCGGUCGUGGACUUGCUUCACGCUCCUCAGAGGGACAAGGGGAAACCGUUGACCAUCUCUACCAUAGAGGACAUCAUGAAUCGGAAAACAGAGCAAAACUCUAGGACAUCUGGGGUAAUUGUCACCCUCUCAGGUCCUGUCUGACUUUAAAAAACAGAGUAGUUUUAAGUUUCAGCGUGAGUCAAUCCCUUCACUCUUACUGUUUGGUUUUGGUUUUUGUUCAUUCUUGACCUUUAAUAUUUAAGUUUUUCGAAGAAAUGUCUUCACAGCUUACAAUUAAAGCUUUUCUUCUUUGGACACACUGACGUACAGACUUAUCCGAGAUUUAUUUUCUCCAUGCUGUCUGCAUUUGGACACAUAUUCCACACCUCUUCUGCAAAGUAUUCUUUAUGUUUAAAACAUCUGUCUCACUUAUAUCGUUUUCUAACUUUUAUUAUGCCUCUGUACAAGAAAUGGUUUCAUAGUAAAUCUGCCAGGAAGUUUCCUCAGACCUUAAAGCUGAAGUGCGGGGUUUUACCUCAGUCAGGUUCAUCUUCAAAAUAAAAGCACAAACUAUGUGGGGUGUACAGCACAGUGGAAGUACUUGGAAGAAGACAGACCAAAGUGUUUGUGAAUUUCUAUAUUGAUGUAGACCAACAGAGCAACAGUACACACUGUAAGAGACACAAAUAAGAUUCUAUCCUUCCAAGGAUUAUAUUGUUAUGGUUGUGGUACUGGUUGAGUGAACCUUAGAGAAGAAAGAGGCAACCGUGUACGCGUGACAUGGGCGGUCUUCAAGGAAAAAGUGGGCUUUAUUUUAAUGAUGCUGUAUACAGCAACUAGUGCUUGACUAUAUUUCAAUACAGGGCCCAUUCAACCUUAAAACAGUCAUAAGAAAAUGGAUCAUUCAUCAAGUCAUCACAGAUCACAGGAGGUAAAACAGGACAUUUAAUAAGAGUGGAUUCUUGUGUUUUUCACCAAGAAAAUACUUAAGACAUUUAUUUGGACUCCCUAUGCAGGCGUAAACUGCUGUGUACAUUAGACAGUAUAGUACACCUCUUACAGAGGCUUCUGUGAACCUGGACUAUAUGUUUGUGACAAAUGCAAAGUUAUAGCACAUACAGCUAAGUUUUAAUUUAGGGGAGGUUACUUUUUAAUACAUUAUGAGUGCAGAUUUUGGUUGUUAAACAGUUGAGUGCUGCAAGCACUGUCCAGGUCUAAAUGCAAUGUUUAGAGGUUUUUAAUAGUUUAACAGUAUUUUGAGAAAUUCAGUGAAGGGUUUAAAUGAUGAGGCCAGUCAUUUUCUAUCUAACAGUAUUUUCAACAGUCCUCAUAUAGACACUAAAGCCAACAAUGGUCUACCUCACAGUUAACGUCUGUCAGUGUGUCAGUCCGGGAUGAGCUUCCUCGGCUGUGCCAUAGACCUCCACUGUUGUUCAAAAACACAUCAACGAAACACACCGCUGUGACAUAUUCCCUCAUGAAAACAACAGACCCUAAUAUUCUUUAAAGAUGUUGCCGCAAAGGCUGCAAACGAUGAUGACUUGGCGCCCAUGCAUGAGUUCUCUGAAUAUUCUUAACAAAUAUCAGGGUCUUGUGUUUUGUAAUGAGGAAACAUGUC